AUGGUAAAAAAUGUCAAAAAUGAAAAAGAUCUAGAGAAAAAUAAAAAUAAAUUAAAUGACAUUUUUAAAACUUUGAAAAGUAGUAAGGAAACGGGAGAUUCCAAAGGUAAGAUCAUCGCAAAGGGGAAUCUUGCAAAAGAAAAGGAGGUGAUACCGAAUUAUGUCCUUUUGAUUGUCAAUUUUAAACAUUCUAUUGGAUUACCCUUUGAUGUUACUGAGUCUGACAUUAAGCAACUUUUUUCAGGCUUUAAUUUAUCUUCAGUUCAUUUUAUAACCAGGAGAAAUAAACCGUUGGGAAGUUGUUAUGUAUAUUUAGAGGAAAAUGAAGCCAAAGAUGCUAUAAAACUACUCAAUGGCAAAUUCUUCAAACAAAAGUUCAUUAUUACACAUUAA